UGAGAAGUUUUCGCUUAAUAAAAGCGUUAUUGAAUGUGACCAUCACUGCAGGUGGCAUUUACAAAAAAUAAUAUUAGUAUUGGAUAUUCAUCAUUAGGGCUGCCACGAUUAGUCGACUAGUCACGAUUACGUCGACGAUUUAAUUUAAUAGUCGACGCAUCGUUUAAAUGCCGUAAAAUCCUGAAAGGUGCAGGAAUAACAGUAGGAUUUAAGAGUGUAAUAACGGACUGAAACAGAAGAUGGCGGAAAUGCAUCUACAAGGAUACCAUUAAACGCCAAAGAUGAAGAAGAAGAAGAAGCAGUCUCCAUUAUCAUGGCUACUCGGCAACGGAACUCGAAAGUCUGGGAGCAUUUUGACCAAACAAAAGAAAAGAAGGUCCAAUGCAAAAUCUGCAAAAUGGAACUUGCCUUCCAUGGCAGUACGACAGCGAUGCACGAGCAUCUAAAAAGGAAGCACGUCGUGGCAUCCAACGACGAAGUGGUACUGUCGUCUCGGACUGCUAAAAAAAUACAUUCGGCUUCAAUGGACGACUUUGUCACCAAGCCAACAACAUGUACACCUCGGCAAGCACAUGUCCUGACUGAAUCAAUCUUGAACAUGUUGGUGAUGGACAUGAGACCCCUGUCUAUGGUUGAUGAUCAAGGUUUCAAAGAGAUGAUCAAGCAGUUCAACCCAGAUUGCCAUGAUAACUACCUACCAGGCCGAUCCCACUUCACCAAAUUGAUGGAAAAGAAAUAUGAUGCUACCUUUGAGAAGGUUGGUCUCUCUUUCUCUCCACUCUCUCACACCACAAACACAAAAUAGCAAUUUGUAUUAGAAUUUAAUACAUUUCAUGAUGAAAUAAUAUUAAGAGCUUGCUGACUGAGCAACCAAUAAAUUAAUCUUGGUUAAAGCAUG